GCCGUCGUCGCGUGGCGGUGACGUAAUCACACUUAAAAUGCGUACUUCAAGCGUGCAGACCCUGAAUUGGGACACAGCCUGUGUAGCGUGCGGAUUCACAGAAAGACCCGCCUUUAUCCCGGGACUUUAAAAACUACAAUGGCGACAGAAACUCCGUGAGAAAGGUGGCAGUAGAAGGACAAAGGUAGUGCCGUGGUGGACCCGAGAGUGUACAACCGUGAUUAAAGCCAGGAACAAAGCGUUUAAAACGCUGAAAGGAGCACUGUGUGUUCAGAAUCUGAUAUGCUACAAAAGGAAACAGGCGGAAGUACGAAUGGUAGUUAAGUCAGCAAAGAGGGACUAUUGGAGGAAGUAUUGUGAUACUUUGGGGAGAUCGACACCGUUGGAGAGAGUGUGGACAACUAUUAGAAAAAUGUCUGGGAAGAGGAAGGAGUAUGGUUAUCCAAUGAUGAAAGAUGGUGACAGAAUAUUAGUAGAUAAUGGGAGUAAAGCUGAGUUAUUGGCCAGAAUGUUUUCAAAGGUUCACAGCACAGAAACUCUAAAUACGGCAGAAAUCAGGGGAAGGAAGGAAACACGAAGGAAACAUCUGGAGGACUUACAAGAUGCGGAGGAACAUGAAGACUAACUCCACCCUGACAUCAAGAAGAUGGAGGAAGAGGAUGGAGCAGGAUCUGCAGCAUCCAGCUGUGUGUCUGUGAGGAGUGACUGGUCCAAAGAAAAACCUCCACUCUUCAGUAAUGAACCUGCAGCAACAAUAGCUUCUGCACAGUGUGGAGAAAGAUCCAGGACCAGAGCUGGACUGCAGACAGCCAGUCAGAGCAGCUGUGUACAAACAGAUGUUGGUCUGCAGGAGGUUUUAGAUGAACAUAAGAUCAGUCUGAGGAGGAGAUGUGAACGUGUGACUGAAGGAAGUGAUGAAACAGGAAGUAGAACCCUCCUCAACAGGAUCUACACUGAGCUCUACAUCACAGAGGGACAGAGUGAAGAGGUUAAUACCCAACAUGAGGUGAGGCAGCUGGAGACAGCUUCCAAGAUGGACGCCCUCCAUGACGCUCCAAUCAGGUGCCAGGACAUCUUUAAAGCCUUACCUGACCAACAGAGACCCAUCAGAGUGGUUCUGACCAAUGGCGUGGCUGGUGUUGGAAAAACCUUCUCAGUGCAGAAGUUCACUCUGGACUGGGCAGAGGGCUUGGAGAAUCGACAUGUCAGUGUGGUGGUUCUGCUUUCAUUCAGGGAGCUGAACCUGAUCAGAGAUGAGCAGUACAGUCUCCUGGAGCUGCUCCAUGUUUUCCAUCCAACAUUACAGAAGGUCACAGCAGAGAAGCUGGCUGUCUCUCAGCUUUUGUUCAUCUUUGACGGCCUGGAUGAAAGCAGACUUUCACUGGAUUUCACCAACAGGAAGCUGCUGUCUGAUGUCACACAGAAGUCAUCAGUCAGCCAGCUGCUGACAAACCUCAUCCAGGGGAAUCUGCUUCCCUUCGCUCUCGUCUGGAUAACUUCCCGACCUGCAGCAGCCAAUCAGAUCCCUCCUACAUGUGUUGACAGGCUAACAGAAGUACGAGGCUUCACUGACGCCCAGAAGGAGGAGUACUUCAGGAGGAGAUUCAGUGAUGAAGAGCUGUCCAGCAGAAUCAUCUCCCACAUGAAGACAUCCAGGAGCCUCCACAUCAUGUGUAGUAUCCCAGUCUUCUGCUGGAUCACUGCUACAGUUCUGGAGCACAUGUUGACUACAGAGCAGAGAGGAGAGCUGCCCAAGACCCUGACUGACAUGUACUCACACUUCCUGCUGGUUCAGACAAAGAGGAAGAAGAACAAGUAUCACGAGGGACAUGAGACAGGUCCACAGGAGCUGACGGAGGCUGACAGGGAAGUUCUUCUGAAGCUGGGGAGGCUGGCGUUUGAACAUCUGGAGAAAGGAAACAUCAUGUUCUACCAAGAAGACCUGGAGCAGUGUGGUCUGGAUGUGACAGAGGCCUCAGUGUACUCAGGAGUUUGUACAGAGAUCUUCAAAAGAGAGAGUGUGAUCUUCCAGAAACCAGUCUACUGCUUUGUUCAUCUGAGCAUUCAGGAGUUUCUGGCUGCAGUCUACAUGUUCCACUGUCACACCAACAGGAAGACAGAGGUGCUGGAGGACUUUUUGGGAAAAAAAUACGAGUCCUCUCUGGAUGAUUUCCUUAAACAAGCCAUGGAGAAAUCCCUCCAGAGUAAAAAUGGCCACCUGGACCUGUUUGUUCGCUUCCUUCAUGGCCUCUGUCUGGAGUCCAACCAGAGACUCUUAGGAGGUCUGCUGGGUCAGACAGAGAUCAGUCCAGGAACCAUCCAGAGAGUCAUCAACAACCUGAAGGAGAUGAACAGAUAUGAAAUCUCUCCUGACAGAAACAUCAACAUCUUCCACUGUCUGAUGGAGAUGAACGACCUCUCAUUAUUUCAGGAGAUCCAAGAGUUCCUGAAGUCAGAGAACAGAUCAAAGAAGGAACUCUCUGAGAUCCAGUGCUCAGCUCUGGCCUUCAUGCUGCAGAUGUCAGAGGAGGUUCUGGAUGAGUUGGACCUGCAGAAGUACCACACAUCAGAGCGGGGACGACAGAGACUGAUUCCAGCUGUGAGGAACUGCAGAAAGGCUGGAUUGAGGAGCUGUGGUUUGUCAAAGAUCAGCUGUGAUUAUCUGGCAGCAGCA